AUGGCGACAUCUGGGAGGGAUGAGUCGAUAUCACUGUCUGCCGCGAUCAAGGGGGGCGGAAUCGGACCCAAGCUGGCUGGCGACAACAUUGAGAUAUAUCCCUCUGGCGUCGCGAUGGCUGAUGAUGAUGAUGCAUCCGACGAGGAGGAUGAAUCAUUAGCCCGGCUGCAGCGGACUGUCUUGGAUUUGGUCUCGCGAUGGCAGUGGGCAGACGGCGGCAGAAGAACCGGACCCGGAGCGCCAAGACCAGCCGCGACAGGGUCUCACACGCCUUUUACGUACUGGAAACCGGAAUCCUCGCCUCUUCGCCUCCGGAAACAGUCGAGGAAAAUUUCUCCAGCGCAGUGCUGUGACUGGCUGGUGCCAAUAAUCGGUCUUCUAGAAGGGCUCCAAGCAGACAUUUUAGUGGCCCGGCAGUGGUUUUCAACAGACGGGCCAGCACCGGCCCUUUUCCUCUGCCAGAGGUGGGCCCUGGCUGGAGACCGCACGGCUUGA